AAGAAGCGAGAAAAAAAAAAAAAAAAGAGUAUAGAACAUAGAGAGAGAGAGUUAAGUUGAGUUCAUAGAUACGUAGAUAGAUUAAUAAUUCAUUUCGUUAAUUCCUGUGAUCCCAACAAACGAAGCCAUUUAAUCGACGACCGAAACAAUCACAAUUAUUUUGUUAUAGCUAGCUAGUGUUAAAUGGCCUUUGUCAUUGUUGUUACUACUGUGUGAAUGGAAGUGGUUGUUGCUGCUUGGUUGAACCAAGUGUAUAAGAUAUUUGCUGGGAAUUAAGUGGAAAAAUCUCAAUGGUAAACCCGAAAGGGUCUAGUCAAUCAAAGAUAUGUUACAGACCUAUACGACCGUCUGAUUUUGACGUUUUAGAGCGUAUUCAUGGAAGAUUAUUUCCUAUUAGGUAUGAAUCUACUUUUUUCCAAGAUGUGGUACAUGGACGUGAGAUUGUGUCGUGGGGAGCAGUUGAUCUUAGUCGACCGAAUGGACAAAGUGACGAACUCAUUGGAUUUGUAACAGCACGGAUUGUUCUUGCAAAAGAAAGUGAGAUAGUGGACUUGCUUGGAUAUGACUCGGCCAAAUCUGAUCAGACUUUAGUGUACGUUCUAACACUGGGAGUAGUGGAAGCAUAUAGGAGCCUUGGAAUAGCUUCUUCUCUGAUACGGGAGGUCAUAAAAUAUGCUUCGAGUAUUUCAACAUGCAGAGCAGUGUACUUGCAUGUAAUUUCUUUCAAUAUCUCGGCAAUCAAUUUAUACAAGAAAAUGUCUUUCAAGUGUGUUCGAAGACUGCAGGGAUUUUACUUUAUCAAUGGCCAACAUUAUGAUUCAUUUUUAUUUGUCCACUACGUAAAUGGGGGACGGUCUCCUUGCUCACCAUUAGAGCUUUUGUCUGUAAUCGUAAGCUACAUGAAGAGUGGCUUUAAGGCAGUGGCUGCAAAGCUGUGCAAGAACGAAGUAAGGAAAAUCUCAAGGUGGGAAAAGUGUAAAGAAAGUCAUUCUCUUGUCUCACUCUCAACAAUACCCAACAAAAGAAAUGUGGCAGUCGAGUGUAAUGGUAGUGAGUUUGUGUAAUUUUUUUCGUGUUAGUUUUCUGUUUCCUGUAUUAUUCAACCUCACGUAUAAUUCUCUCUAGAAAGGUGCCAAAAUUGUACUUACUAUAUGUAACUAUUCUGUCAGAAUAAGUUUCCUCAAUGCAAUCCAGAGAUGAAACCAAAAAUGUAGGUCACACAUACAUAUUGUAAAAAAGCAUUUUAACAAAUUAUUUUAGACCACGGGUUGGCUCCCAUUCUGCUACGUAGAAGAUAA